UAGAGCCUAUCGGUUGCAGCAGCAACAGAGCUACUGAACCAGUCUGCCUCCUCUCUCCCCUUUUUGUGCUCAAAUAUGUGCUCUCCCCCUCUCCCACCUUAAUCUCUUACUGCCACCCUCUUUUCUGUGUUGUAAUGGUCGCAGUUGUGGAGUUCUAACCUUCUCAAGAUCUAGAGGUCGGUCCUUCUCUUAGUGUGCGGUCAUUCCCUCUUAGUGUGCGGUCAUACCCAUACGUACUGGUACCACACGAAGUUGUGAGAACCAGCAGAGUAUUGGAAUACUGAGAUGAGCUAGGAGUGUUUGUAGUGAAACAAGGGACAGUUUGUACAGUCGAGGGUACUGCUUUGAACGACGCAGAGGGUGGUCUAGACGUCCAAUACUUGAGUUUGACGGGGAAGUCGAAGCUCAGGCAAGCUUAGGCUACCGCGGGGAGGAGUUGUGUGGAAUUCCUGAAUUUGAGUGGAUCUUUGUCGAUAUUACGACCUUAGUUAGGCACGAGCAGAUUUGGGAGCUGCGAGAUGCACUGUUCCAUUCCUCACUUAAACCUGUCUCACACGUUUGUGUAGAGUGGAUAGCAAUCUGGAUGGCAGCGUAAUUCGAAGCGGACGCGAUUGGAAAUUGAUUCCUUAGAGACCUUAGAGAACAAUUGUGCGUCAUGGCAAUUAUGGCACCCGCACCGGAUCAAGCGUUCAUGGGUAUGCGCAUCAACAGGAGUGCAACGGUCCCCGUUUUGUAUCCCUCGGCCGAUACCAUGGGAUUCUCCUCAGGUUUGGAAAAGAUCGUCGAGCCGUCUGCUUGCGGGACAUUUCCUCACUCCAGACCUUCCAUCGCCAGCUCUCUUCAGUACCCUUCGUGGCAGUUUCUGCAGGAGAUGCCGAUCAUGGCUGAUGCCAAUUUUGGCUGCAGCACACCAGAGUUCCCUCGAUCGACCGUAACCAAUGACUGGUUGAAUCCAAGUCAAGGCAGAUUCACGACCACGUUGCCACCUUCGUCGUGGGGCCUCAGUGGCAGCCGCGGCAUCAUGGAAGAUGCCAGGAUUAGGGAUGUGAUGAGCAAGUCCAGGAAGAAUUUGAGCGUUCAGCGGUUGGACUCAUGGGGCUCUUUGGACACCGGGGGCAUUACCUUGGAUCCUUCGAAAGGCGGUCUUGGUCUGCACGAAGCGUCGCCGAACGUUGACAGAUUGGCGCAGUUUAACUCGGACCCUGCAUUUGAUGAGCGUGCCACAAAAUUUUCAAGCUUUGGUGUAAACUCUGAAAAGUACGUGCCACAGAUAGUUCAAAGACCAGCUUCCGGUAUGGUGCCAUCGCCAGCUAAGUUGGUGCAGGGCGCCGCUUUGGAGGAGAAAUGUACUGUGCCAGCUGCCGCUGCAUCUGUGCAGCCGGAGUUGGAAGCCAUUGAGGGAGUAACUGAGGCUACCGUGGACGCAAUUCCUCACGUUGAGGUCGAAGUAGCAGCGUUGCAGGAGUUCACCAACAAUUCUUCGUGCACGGAGUUGCAACCAGGUUGCCAGGGUGUGCGCUCCCCCAGCGCUGCGUCACCUGCAAGAUCAGCACCUAACCAUGAUGACACUGCCUCUCGCAACAAGCGGAAGAAAUUGCCCGGCGUUGACAAAAACCUUGUGUCUCCCGACUCCAAGAUUGCAGACGAAGAGAACUCGAAGCCCAAGCGGUGUAAAGGAGAGGAUGGCAGGCCAACAUCUAAGGGUGAGCGAUCCUCAAGUGAAACUUCAUUCGAGUCAGCUGGAAGUCCAAAAGUUACUCAGAAGGAGGGCAACCAGAAGCUCACGGAGUAUUCGAAGCAGGACUACAUCCAUGUGCGGGCUCGGAGAGGCCAAGCUACUGACAGCCAUAGCCUGGCUGAGCGGGUGCGCCGCGAAAAGAUUAGCGAGCGGAUGAAGUACUUGCAGGACCUUGUUCCUGGCUGCCGCAAAGUCACUGGCAAAGCAGUCAUGCUCGAUGAAAUCAUCAAUUACGUCCAGUCCCUCCAACGUCAAGUCGAGAGUCUUUCGAUGAAGGUAGCGGCCGUGCACCCUGCUCCUUCAGACCACUUGACACUCGAGAGCCUCCUGAGCAGUGAGGAGGUUCUGCAGUCGCAGUUGUCAAACAUUCUUUGUACCUCAGAUUCGACAAGCUCUGCAGCGUUUGGAUUGCAACAGCUUCCGCAGCAGCGAGGGUCGAUGCUAGAUGGGCAUUGCAACUUCGAUCACUUUCAAGCAAAUUUGGGCUAUGGCUUCGAUGGAAGUUCUCACCGCACCAUGAGCACUCCCAUUGGUAACUUUGCCGAGAUGCAAACAAUGGUGAACUCUUUCGACAAUAAUCUCGUCUCGCAGACUACGGGAUGGGGCGACUCGCUGCCCAGCGUCAUGCACAUGGCCCAGCUGCAACAACAAGCUGGCCACCUUGGAUCAUAUCAGCUCCCUGUAGGUCACAUGAAGGUGGAGUUUUGAUGGAUGGCAACAGCAUACAGACAUUUCCUGAGCCAGGAGGCAAUUGACGACAAUUUUGAAGAGUCCUGUACAAAUUUCUAGCGUGUUUGCGCACAUGCGCAAUAGAGUUUCUCUACCGAAUACCAUAAGCGAUCGUAUGGAUGAUAGCCUUUCAACAUGAACCAGCUGCUAUUUCGCUGCCGUAAAUUUUCCAGGGGUCUGGUGGAUUUUGUGUAGGUGGUCAAUUUCGAUCACAGCCUAGACACCCACACUUAUGCAGUGCGUAGCAGUUUUAUCGUGAACACUUGAGCCUCCUCCAGGAACGGAGGAGUCUUCCCCGGCGCCUUGUACAGCGAAUUAGCAUCUCUAUAAUGUCGAUCUCAGAUUUAUUUUAGGGCCUAUACAGAGAUAGCUUACUAUCUUGGUGUGAAUAUAAAACAGCCUUCUCAAACUCCCUAAUUCCUACUGUGCUAUGGGUAUUCGCAAUAUACAUUCUAAAAAAAUUAACAUAAACGCAUUUGUCCUA